UUGGGAAUCGUCCUUCAGCAGAAGACGAAGAGGUUUCCCAGGAUAUCGGAUAGAUUAAUUAGACAUUCAGAAAGUCUCAGUGAGAAGUCCUUGAGAUCCAGGUGUCCAAGGCACAAUCUUAUUCUUCUUGGUUGGGCCUGAGCUUAUAUUCAGUGAUGUUUACUCAAGAUCACCAGAGCGGACAACGUUCCUGGAGAUUCAAGCUCUCGUUUCGGCCCUCAUGUUUCAAGUCUCCUGACAAUGUUCCUUUCGAGAGCUGGAACAAACAGGACCAGAAGCUCCUUGACGCCGUGGAAAAAGGGGAUGUGGGCAGGGUCUCUGCCCUGAUGGCCAAGAAGGCAGCCAAGCCCACCAAACUCAAUGCGCUCGGCCAGUCGGCGUUCCAUUUGGCAGCCUCCAAAGGCCUCAUCGAAUGCCUCACCAUACUCCUAAUGAAUGGGGCCCAAAUCAACGACACAAACAAUGAUGGCAGCACAGCCUUGCAUCUCGCCACCAUUGCCUGCCAACCUCAAUGCGUCAAAGUCCUGCUGCAGCAUGGAGCGAACAAAGUCUGCGUUGAUGGGAAUAACCGAAUGCACCUCCAUUGGGCAGCCUUUUCUGGAUGCGCCUCCAGCAUCUUGCUCCUUUGCGACCAAGAAGCCUUCCUCGAUGUCAUGGAUAAUAACGGACAGACGCCUUUAAUGAUCGCUGCGCAAGGAAACCAGGCUUCCAUUUGCUCCCAUUUGCUCCAAAGAGGUGCAAAGGCCAACCUCAUUGAAAAAGAAGGGAAUACAGCCCUGAUCCUGGCUUGUCAACAAGGCCACUUGGAAGUGGCGGAGCUCCUCCUGCAAAACGGGGCCGAUGUCUCCAUCGCAGACAAAACGGGACUUGACGCCCUCCACUAUUCUGCGCAGAACAAGAACAAAAAUCUGCAGCGCUUGGUCCAGAACGCUCUUCAGCAGCAGAAGAAAAAAGAUCUUUCCUCCGAGACCGUCUCCCAGAUCCCAUUGGAGAGCGGGAAACAGACUGAGGUGAGCAGUCUCAGCCUCAACCUCAAUGGUCAGAACAACAACAGAGACAACGAAAAAGAUGACAGCAAGGAAGAAGACCCAGAGCUGAAAGGGUGGAAGAGCCGGUACCAAGAGAUAAAGCUCAAGGUGAUCCAUCUGGAGUUGGUGCUGGCCCAGAAGGAGAGGGAGUGCGAGGCCCUUUCAGAAAGAAGCAAGACCAUGAAGGAACGAGUGUGGGACCAGGUCCAGGAGAUCAACGAGCUCCUUCAAGACAGAGACGGCAAGAGCCGCAGAUGGAAUGAGCUGAGUCAGCAAUACAGCCUGGACAACAUGGACGAGGACUACUAUCUCAACUUCUUGGCCGAACAAGUGAAAGAACUCAAGAGGAGAAAGGAGAGAACAGAGAAGGAGAAAGCAGAGGAGAAAGGGUCUUCUCAGGAGCAAAUGAGCCAACUUAGAGAGAUCCAAUGGCCAGGAGUGGAGACUGUCUCAAAGCUGGACAACGUGGCAAAGAAGCAGGUCUUGGCCGAGGAGCUGGCCACGCUCCCAGAUAAAUUUGAGGAGGCCAGGGGCGAAGCCAAGCACAGGGCGGAGGCUCUUGAGAGCGUGGCGCAGAUAAAGGAAAUGGCGGAGCGCAAGGAGGAAGUGGAGUUACUGAGUGGCAAGUCCACGAGGACGGAGAACACCACGAGGAUGGAGAACAUCGAGAGCCUGGGCAAGAAGGUGGAGGAGGGGAUAAAGGAGAUGGCGGAGAUGGUGGAGAAGGUGAAGGAGCUCUCCAAGGUUGAGCAAGAGAAGGAAGCCAAGCUCAAGAAGCUUUUCAGUGAAAUUCUGAACCUCCAGAGUGAACGCACCUGCCCCUGGCUGCAUUACAAGGAUAUCCAGAAAAACCACAAAGAGAUUGUGGCCAUCUACCAAACUCAUCUGCUCAAUGCGGCCCAGGGUUUCAUAGACGAAGAGGUGUAUGAGCUGCAACAACGGAUCCCAAGGACGAAUGACGACUGAUGGGUGGAAAAUAAAAUAAGAGUCAGGGCAAUAUACAACAUUAUUAUAAUAUGUAUAUAUUGUGUACGAAAUGGCUAUGAGUCUUUGAAACAUAUGUGGAUUUCAUAUUAAGAUUAGUUGGCAUUCAUUGAGAUUUAGGAACAACAUAUUAUUUUUAGGUCUUCUGUUCCUAAUCUUUGCGUCUCUAUCUGGUAGAUUUUUGUCUCUUCAAUUUCAUCAUAAUUUCUGUAUCAUCUUCCUCUGUUAGACUCUUAUUUCUAUCUUUUUCAUUUUCAGAUAUUUAUGUAUCCUUUGAGCUUUUUCCAGUCAGUUCUUUUCAUGGGUCUGCCUGAAUUCCUCUUCAUUAAGAAAUUUAAUUGGUCCAUAUUCCUUAUGUCCAGCAUUUUUUCAAGCCAUUGUUCUUUUGUCGGUGUUUCUUCAGUCUUCCAGUUUCUUGCAAAGAUGUUGUUGCUGCCGUUGUUAAAUAUGUAAAUAAAAUGUCUCUGUUUUGAUUGA